AUGCGAUUCCUCUGUCUACACGGUGCUGGGACCAGCGGAGAAAUCUUCGAGAUCCAGGCUGGCGGGAUAACCUAUGCCCUCGAGAAGAAAGGCCAUACAUUCACCUUCAUCAAUGGACGAGUGCAAACCGAGGGUGAACCCGAAAUCAAGGACGUCUUCGACGGCCCCUUCUACAGCCACUACCCGCGCGACACCCGACCGGGCGACAACCUGCGCCUCGCGAUCGAGUACGUGCAGCAGAUCAUCGCGACGGAGGGCCCCUUCGACGGCGUCAUGGGCUUCUCGCAGGGCUGCGCCCUGGCCAGCGCGAUGAUUCUCCAGCACGCGGAGCAGCACCCGUCCGCGGCACCGCUGUUCAAGCUGGCCGUGUUCAUCUGCGGCGCCUCUCCCUUCGACGCAGCGGGGAUGGAGCUGAUCGAACCUACCACCCAAAAGUACCCCAUCACGAUCCCCACGACGCAUAUCGUGGGCAAGCAGGACCCGCUGUACCCGCACAGCAUGCGCCUGUACGGGGUGUGCGACCCGGCGCAGGCGGAGUUCUACGACCAUGGCUCGCGGCAUCUGGUGCCCUUUGAUGUGAAAAACACGGAGGCGAUGAUUGCGGCGGUGGAGGGGUCGAUUCGGAGGGUUUUGAUGGGGGGGAAUUAG